AUGGAUCUUGACUCGGAGAUGAACGACACAAACAUCGACCGUGAAUUAUUAAAUGCGGUAGAGGACGUGGAGAUGCUGAAUUUACAAGGUGUAAAUUCAGCAUCUCGACAGCAAUCGCUGCCGCCGCCGCCGCCGCCUCCACUACCGCCGACAACGACGGCGAAUCUGCAGCAGCAGCCGCCGCCGCCGCCUCCGCUACCGCCGACAACGACAGCGAAUCUGCAGCAGCAGCCGCCGCCGCCGGCGCCGCCGACGACGGCGACGACGCCGCAGCCGCCGACAACGGCGAUGACGUCGCAGCCGCUUCUGCAGCAGCCACCGCUAACGCUGCCGCCGCCGCCGCCGCAGCCGACAUCGUCGCGAGGAUCGUCGCGAGAAGUAUUCUUCUCGAAACCUCGAUGGCAGAAAGGCGGAAGGGGCAGAUGGGGCAGAGGGGAAGGCCGAGGAUGGGGACGAGGACGAGGACGAGAACGCGGACGCGGACGCGGACGCGGACACGGCCAAGGUCCAGGAUACUGGACCGGCAAUAUCAAUUUUUAUUGUUAA